AUGACGAGGACCCCGGUGGGGUCUGCCCGCACCCGGCCAAAGCCCAGGAAGCUCGGGCCCCAGCGAGGAAAGGCGCUCCAAGCCUCCUCGCGGCUUUCAGAAUCCCCAGCCCUGGUGAAGAAGAGGAUGCCUGAUGCGUGCACCCUGGGAAGGGCUGGAAUCGGUCUCCCCAAGAUGUGCCUUCACAUGGCUGUCCGGCAUUCGAAGGCUCAGAAAACAGGGCCGGGAAUCCUGCAACAGCGGCAGAAGCGGCCCUCGCCUCGGGCUCCGGGCGGCCCAGCUCUACUACUAGGGGAGCGUCGCGGCUGCUCUGAGGCAGGCAGCGCUUCGCUAGAACCGCUCAGCUCGUCCGGCGCCGCCGCCGGCUGCCUGAACCAGGUUCCGCUGUCCCCUUUCCUAGCGGGACCCCGAAACACCCGUGGGCUUCCCGCUCCUGAGCGGGAGAGAAUAGAGCUUGCUGCAUCUCUCUGCUUGGGGGGAUGGCCUCUGCGGUGCUUGGCUAGCAAAGGGAAGCUUCACUGUGUCUAUUAGUACAUCCCCAUACACCCCACGCCUCAACAACUGUCAGCACUCACUCCCUCCCGGCCCCUCACAGGGCCCUUUGCACCCACACCUCAGGGAUUCAGUGUCCCUCCACUCAGGUCACGUUACUCCAUCCACUUCUCUCUCCCUCUGUCAACUCCAAAUCCCCUCUAGUUCUCCCUCCCCUCCUACUUCUCUCACACUCACCAGCUACACAUACUAAUUCAGAUCCUGCACAUGUGGGUGGAAAACAUGUCAAGCCAAU